AUGGCAGCCAUACUGAUAAGCUUGCUGGCCAUCACAGCUUUCCUAACUCCACGAUGCUCAAGCAACAGCCCGUCUUAUCCCGAGUUGAAUCCAGCACUGGGGAAGUACCAGGACGUUUCAACGGUCCUGCCACUUCAGGAGACGUGGUACGCUGUGUACAGGAACUAUGAGAACGACCCUGCGUUUGGCGAUGCGUUUUGUCCUAGGUUUUCUAGCCAGGGUCCCGCAGUAAAUGGAUCUUACCCACAGUUAUGGCAGUCUGAGGAGGGCUCAGUGCAGCUUACGGUUACCCCUUCGUCAUCUGAAGGAUAUACUGCGGAAAAUGUUCUCCACUUCCAAGCAAUAGGUCAAAGCGUUUCAUUGUUAGUGUACGUCGCGUACCUGGACGCUCAUGAAUGCACGGUCUUUAGAAACAUAUACGCUAGUGAUGAGGCGUGCAGCCUCCUUGUUCCCGAGAGCGCCCUGGGAAGGAACAAAACGUGCUGCAAUUUUGUGUUCGAUCUUCUCUGCGGAACAGGCCAAAAAUACUACAGCUUCAACGAAAGCUGCCUGAACUGA